UUAUGCAGUUUAUGCCCAAGUAAUUGUGCUUAAGCUUGCAGCUUUUGUCACAAAUAAUACAGUAUUAGCCAGAUUGGGGGCACUGUCAUGAAGACCCAUAACACAUAUCAAUGAAGUAGGCCACUCUUUAAUAGUAUUCAUGAUCCCAUUUUAAUGCUGGGGGGACUAAGGCAGAGAGACAGCACAUUCAAGGCCAUGUGAUAGCUGCCCACAUCUUGCAGGUCAAAGUUUAUUGUUAACAAGCUUAGUAAAAGUCUCAUUUAGAUUAGUGAGUGUGUCUUGCUCCAUAGCCACUCAACCUCCUAUGCAAACAUUUUAAUUAUUUUUGUGUAUAAAAUACGACAUUGGAGUUUUGAACCACACUCCUCUGCUCUUGCCAACUAAACUGUUUUCCUCAUUCAGUCAACACCAGAAUGUUAACCAAUGACACAGUUAAUUUUACAAACUGAAACUGUUGCCAUAGCUCCAGUUCAGCUUAAAAGAAUAGUCUUUUUAUCCUGGUUCUAAACUUGUUUGUGCACCAUACUUAAUUAUUUCUUUCUUACAACUUUAAUUCUAAAUAACCAUGCUAGUUCCUCUCGCUGUAUAACUCCAGUUGAAUCUCAAUGGAUUUUGCUUGCGUUUAAGUGUACAUAUAAAUGUGCAAAGGCUUGAGAAGGAGAAAAACUGCAUGCAGACUUGGGUCGUCAUAUUGUAAAUAGUCUUAUCACCAGCAGCUUAUGCUGACAUGAUCUUUAAUCCUCGUCAUACAGAACAGCUUGGCAUAACCUUUGUCCACUUCUUUGAGGAGGGAAAAAAAACUCUGACGUUUUAUCAGGUGACUCAGAACAACUUUAAACAUGCUCAGUUUAUAAGUGAAAACCUCAGAAAGCAAAGUGAAAGAGAAGCACAUUAGUAAGAAUGGUGGGCCAUCAAAAACGCAAAAUAGAAGGAGCUGCAGCAAUUCAUUCCUACAAAUGUCAGCGAAAGACUUUGUCUGCACCUGCUCCAUUUGCAGGUGAUACAAGCUGCCAGUGCAAAGCUCCCCAUGAGAAGCUAACUAUUGCUCAGGCCCGCCUUGGAACACCAGUGGACAGACCUGUCAGAGUCUAUGCAGAUGGAAUAUUCGACCUCUUCCAUGCUGGCCAUGCUAGAGCUCUUAUGCAAGCCAAAACUCUGUUUCCUAAUAGCUACUUGUUGGUAGGAGUUUGCAGUGAUGAUCUAACCCACGAGUUUAAAGGCUUCACUGUAAUGAAUGAAGCAGAGAGGUAUGAGGCCCUCAGACACUGCCGCUACGUUGAUGAAGUAAUCAGAGAUGCUCCGUGGACACUCACACCGGAGUUUCUGGAAAAACAUAAGAUUGAUUUUGUAGCCCAUGAUGACAUUCCAUAUUCUUCUGCUGGUUCAGAUGAUGUUUACAAGCAUAUAAAGGAAGCAGGAAUGUUUGUACCAACUCAGAGAACUGAGGGCAUAUCAACUUCAGAUAUUAUUACGAGAAUUGUACGUGAUUAUGAUGUUUAUGCCCGUCGCAACCUCCAGAGGGGAUACACUGCUAAAGAGUUGAAUGUCAGUUUUAUUAAUGAGAAGAAAUACCGCUUUCAGAACCAGGUGGACAAAAUGAAAGAAAAAGUGAAGAAUGUGGAAGAAAAGUCGAAAGAGUUUGUGAACCGAGUGGAAGAAAGAAGUCAUGAUCUCAUUCAGAAAUGGGAAGAGAAGUCUAGAGAAUUUAUUGGGAACUUUUUAGAGCUGUUUGGGCCAGAUGGAGCUUGGAAGCAGAUGUUUCAAGAGCGGAGUGGGCGCAUGCUUCAAGCCUUGUCUCCAAGGCAAAGCCCCACAAGCAGUCCAACACGAGGGCGUUCCCCAUCGCGGUCUCCAUCUCCCCCUUCCCCCUGGCUCUUCAGAAAGGCUUCACCUCCUUCCUCUCCAAAAGCCGCCUCAGCAUCCAUUAGCAGCAUGAGUGAAGGAGAUGAAGAUGAAAAGUAAAAAAGGAAAGAGCAAGGUAAUGAGUAAAAAGAGGAGGGAGGAACCACAAUUGGUCCCACUAAUUCAGAAGCCAAGUGGAAAGAAUAAAGGGGGUAAAUGAGGUAUGAGAUGUUUCUUGAAAGGGAUGCGGCACCACACAGAUAAUAGAGCACAGAAGAUCUCAGCUACAGCACAGAUAUUUGCUGAAGAGGAAAUUGCCAGACCAACAGCACACAAUGAAAGGAUACGCAAACAUUUGACUCAUUUCUUAACAAUUAUCAACACUUUAUUGUGCUGUUGCAGUUGUUGUUGAUUGAGCACCUUGAAGAGUUAUGAGAAAUCCUGCACUGAAGGGGAACCAUGUGUCAUUUCAGACAAACCAAGCUGGUAUAUGGUAUUAAGAGGCAUUCCCUUUGGCUACACAAGAUGCAUCUACAUUUGAACUCCAUUGCGCAUUUGCUAAAAGCUGAACUUUUGAAAAUGAAGUACUGUCUGGAAACUGCAUAAGCUCCCACAAUGCAAACAAGGGAGAACAAGAAACUCCCCAAUCAAACCAUGUUUAUAGAACUUAACCUGUCUUUCACAAUGGACAUACUUCAAAUCUUUUAAGUUUGUUGAAUGUUGCUUGUUGAGCAGGCUUUUCUGUAGGGCCAGUUUAUUUUAACGUGAACACAAAUUGUUUGGUCAUCUCUUACUAUGUUUUACUAAUGCACCCAGAACUAAUUUUAUUUUCUCUUUUGUAAGAGUUUCCUCCCUGAUGUUGUUAAGAAAGCUAUUUCAUACCUGGGGAAUUUUAUUUAUUUUUGAUUACUCUAUAAAAAAGGCCAAUGUCCAGGCUAGCCCCCAGUCAUCUUGUAUCCAUAGGGUUAAUUUUAAAAUUAUUUUCUCAAAUAAGACUGUGAGUAGAAACUGAACAAGUUAACUGUUAAGAGGUCAGCCACAUGGGAUUGACUCAAAUGCUUUUUCAUUCUGGUUAAAUGUUUUAAUGUAUAAAUACCCAUGGGAAUCCUAU